CGAUGCGCAAAUUUAGAACGUUAUUGUCGGUGACAAUUUGGUGAUAUUUCAAUUGUGGAGGAAGUUGAUUUGGCAUGAUUGUCAUCGGUUCUGAUGGUUUAAGGGAAAAGUCUUUUUCUUAAUAGAUGUGAAGUCGGAGUCUCGUCGUUUCACUGGUGGAAAACGCAGUAGAGGAUGAGUGCGCUCUGGUGACUGCACCAUUAGGACACCGUCUAAUCAAAGACAGGAAAAGGAGACGAGAAAUUGACAGUAGUUUCUGGACGAGGGGUUUCAGAAAGCAUCGCCGUGUUCUGAGUUGUUGGGAUAUCCGAGGAUCUACCACAAUGACCUUGAGGAAAAUGGUACAUUCUUCAGCAAUCACCGUUCAACUGGUUUGUGUUAUAGGUGUGGAGAUACUAUCAGCUACCAUGUCGCAUAAUUAGGUGUAGUUAGACAACGGUCAACUAAACGGCACGAAACCUAUUCACCUCCUGUUGACGCUACUCUUCAUUCAAUUUUGGUGGUAAUGUUGCUGCAAAAGUCUAGAAUGCAUGGGGUCCGAUCUCAGCUCCAGCUUUUCUCCUAUCCUCUGAAUGGAAAAAGGCUCUUAGGAUCGGGAUUUCGUUUAUGACGUCGGUUGUCUACCUGAAGGAUACCAAUGGCAGGUCUGAACCUUGAGAAAUCCAGUGGAAGGUUUUCCUUUGCUCGUUGGAAGCCAACAUCAUUAGGUUCUUCAGAUAUCCUUCUUGAUGUCUGCGAAUGCUGCUCCAAAUGGCCUUUCGUUAGGAGAUUAAGUGCAAACACGUGCUAAGAUUUCAGCAUAAAAAUGUGAAUUCCUAUCCCCAAACCUAAGUUUAGCAAGAACACACAGUACGUUUAAGGACGAUGAGUUCGGGAAAUGUUCACGUUACAACUUGGAAAGUUCAUGUUUCACACAAUUUCAUGAAGUUCGUGACAAAGGAGUGAUGUGACCAAAAGGUCAUGCCCACGACAUACGACAGAAAUUUAUAAAUGAUUCAUAGUGCUCUCUGAACAGAUGAUAUGCCCAAGGCUUCUCUACAAAAUCGAUCACCGGCAUUCCAUUUCCUGGGUUGGUUUGGACGAGUUAAACAGACGGCAGUGGAAGCUAUUAGAGGCUUUGUUUCUUGUAAAUCCCAUAAGUCAGAUGACAGUUUUGCAGAAUACACGGCCAGAACUCUUGGAGAUCCUGAAAGACUUGGUCCCCAAGAUAACUGCGAAAAGUCUCUACCUUGCUCUAUUAUGCGGCAUUCCUUUCAGACUGAUGACAAUUUUGCCCGUGUCUUUGCAAAGACUUUAAGAGAUCUUAGUCCAGUAUGUUUGCGAGGGGGUGGAGAGCAGAAUCAAUCAACUGAUUAUGAAUCGCCAAAUAUAUGUUCAUCCUCAAAGUCAGACGAUAAUUUUGCUGAGUAUUUGGCUUACACUGUUAGAGAUCGCAGUAGAAUAGAAUUUCAAGACAACCAAGGUGAGACCUUGUCAACCUGCUCUGUGCAGCAAGAUACAUGCUCGUCACCCAAAUCAGAUUUCGAUCAUGCAGAAAUGGGUGUUGAAGCUUGUCACAAGGAAAGUCCAUUGUGUUACUUUUCUCCACCAGAUGUGUGGUCGAACAGGAAUGGAGGAAGGUCGCCUUUGGGCUUCGUUGGGAGACUGGACGCUAACACAAGCACCCGCCUUGCUGCUAUUUGCAAGUCUCAGAAAUCAGAAAUCUUUGAAGGGUUGCAUCACAUUAGGGAGUUAGAUUCUGUUAUUGCCUCAUCAUACGCGAAUACGGAUCAAUGUCGGUGCAUUGGAGAGAACACGAUUUCUAGUGUUUCAUCUGUACAGCCCAGACUGCCUGCCAAUUUCUUCGACUUAACCACGAGAAUUCGACUUCGAGCUGUAAAGCAGUAUCUCGAUGGAUUUGAGUACAGAAUGAACCCCAUGUCCAAAUUUCAGGUCAAGAAGCUAAGGCCUCUAUCAGGUCUCAUGGCCACAGCAAAAUUGAUCAUUCACCAACCCGAGCCGAUCAAGUGUGUGGAGGCCGUGUUCAUAGCACUAUAUCUUACUGCUGGCCUUAAAAGUGUUACGCGCAUACCAAUUGGAUUCAAAACUCAGUUUGCAAAUCAGGUCUUUCAGCACAUUGUCUUGUUGGUUCAGUACAAGGGCAAGUAUGGAGCGUUCGGAAUAAGCAGGAGUCCCGAUCUCAUGAACAAGAAUAUCUGUUAUGACAGCAUGUCGAGUAUUAUUGAGGACUUCAAGACAGCAUAUGAGGAAAGUGACCAUACAAUUCUGAAUCUUAAAAUUGGUCUGCAGGUAGAACAUAAUAUCAUGUCACCAAAUUUUGUUUGUUGGGAACACUUAUGUCUCUGUCCUGCCGUCCAACCUUGGCCAGAGUGUUUGGCAGCAAUCGAGAAACAUGCAUCGCGGAUGAAACAUCUGUGGAGUCUAUGGAUAAUCUCUGGCAGGGGGGACGACCCCACAAGAAGGUCGUUAAAGUGCUCGAAAAAACUCUUAUCACAUGAUGAAACAUCUAAAAAGAAAGCCAAGCUAAUGAAUAGGAAGCAGGAGAACUUGUUGAAGAGCUCUAAAUACAGAAAAGAGUUCCAGGGACAUGCAUUCAGCUCACCUUUGCACCGAGGCCAAUCCAUCCUCUUGAGUGCCGUAGCUGAUCUACCUACAGCGAUCAAUGAAAACAAAUGUCAGCAUUCCAAUGAGCAACUGAGUCGGAAUACGAAACUCUUGUUACGUCCCAAUAACACUGAGCCUCUAGGCAAGUUUGUAUAGAAUGUACUGGGAUGAGCUUGUUCAGCGCAUCGGAAAGCGCAAUUCGUGCUACACGUCUCUUCCAACGGUAACUUCUUCAAUGCAAGUUCAGCUGCUAAUCGUACAAAGACUUGAUGCUGGAGCUUCAGGACAGUUUGUGGCAGAAAAUUUGCUUGUUAGCAUGCAGAAGAGGUAAAGAAAACACCUGCAAUGUUAUCAGCAAUAUUCCACAAAACUUUCAGUUGUUUAAGUAAGCGUAGCGUGGAGCUCAUGCAGAUAUGGGCGCAAUCUUCUAUGCGUGUCAAAGCGUGUAUUUCUUCAUAAGUUCUGUUACGUAUUUUUUUGGCCUUAAGAAAUAUAUUUCACUAGGGAAUUGAUCAGGAAUGAUGACUCAAUGGAUCAGUAACACUAAUCCUGCAAGCCGUUGAAUUAGGUCUAGGUUUUGUGAGGAAACUUCUACCCACAACUCAGCUGGAGAUGAGAGUUCAACUCACUUCCAACAACCCAAAGACAUGUGAUAAUUUUUUUUAUCACAGCAAGGCUAAACAGAAUUCAGUCCAGUUGAUUGAUGUGCAAAACAUGACAGAUUUUAGUUUAUUUUUAACGAAUGGUAACCCUUUAGUUAUUUUUAUAUUAAAAUGGCUUCACAUAGUGCCUGGAGACUUUGUUUUAAGGCUCUAGACUAGAGUAAGAAAUGUAAACAUUUAGAGGGAAAUUGUAAUUCCACCUUAUGGAUCCAAUGAAUAUUUCUGUGUAUAUGUAUAUAUAAUGGAAGUGU